AUGCGGUGGACUGGCGAGCAUCGUGGUUUCGUAGUCGAAACGUUUUUUAAAAAUAAGGAUAGUGUUGUGGCGACCCAGCGUGCAUUUCGAAGACGGUUUGGUUUGAAUCGUCAUGAUAGUGUUCCCGAUGCUAAAACCAUAAGGAAAUGGAUUACAAGUGUACGGGCGACCGGAUCUGCACUGCCUAGAAAACCAGUCGGACAACCAAAGAGUGUGAGGACACCAGAGAACAUAAUGGCGGUGAGAGCGUCUAUUGAACAAUCUCCAUCGCGCUCUGCGCGGAAACAUGCUGCUGCUCUUGGAAUGUCGGCCAGAACGUUGAGGCGAAUUUUACACUCAGACCUUAAUUUACACCCGUAUAAGAUGAUGGUUGUUCAAGAAUUGACGCCAGCAGAUUUUGUUAAACGUACAGAUGCUUGCAAUGCAAUACUGGCUUCUUUACAACCCGGCACUAUUCUGUGGUCUAGUGAUGAGGCACAUUUUCACCUCUCAGGCACAGUAAAUAAACAAAAUUUUCGUUACUGGGCAGCUGAAAACCCACGAACUCUUCACCAAAUACCUCUUCAUUCUCCAAAAGUGACUGUGUGGUGUGCUGUGUCCUCCAAAGGCAUAAUUGGCCCCUACUUUUUUGAAUCGGAAGGUGCAACCGUUACUGUGAACGCUGUGCGCUAUUGUCAGAUGUUGGAGAACUUUUUCUUCCCCAGAAUUGAAGAGCAUGGUGAGGAAAAUAAUAUGGAAGCCUUUUGGUUUCAACAGGAUGGUGCCACGGCUCAUACCGCCCGUCGCUCUCGCCAACUUCUGCAAGAACGGUUUCCCGACCGCUUGAUCUCAUUACGAGGGGAUGUUUCAUGGCCCGCUCGCUCCCCCGAUCUAAGCCCAUGUGAUUAUUUUCUUUGGGGUUACCUCAAAUCUGAGGUUUACAAAGUUCGACCAAGGACCUUGGAAGCCCUUAAGGAAGCAAUUGUUGACGUUAUCACUGGAAUAACGCCAGAAAUGCUGCGUAGAGUUUUUGAAAACUUCAUUGAACGGCUGAAUAUGUGCAUCGCUCGUCAAGGUCGUCACCUGGACGAUAUCAUUUUCAAAACUUAA